AUGGCUCCUCCUGAGCUCUCAUUACAGACCGAUCGCUUCGAUUCUGGGCGCCCUACUCCCCGCGCAACGAGAUCACAAAGCAUAUCCAGCGAUAGACCCUCUCUGGCGGGUGUAGGUGGCCUCCUUUCACCUCCUGCCUCGAUCUCCCCAGAACCAGCCUUCAUUGCCGCUUCUGCAGCCUCCCAAAUCGUCACAAACGACCAUGACAGCCAGUCGGAUGCCUGGUUCGACCAGCACGGGAUUGAACCUUCCGGGGAGACGGCAUUGGUCGCCCCCCCUGCUCUAGCGUUGGUAAAUCGAUUUUUGGACCAACUCCUAUACAAUUUCCUCUCGAUCUCGCGGUCGACUUCUCUGCCAUCCCUUCGACCUGCUAUAGGCGAAGUUCUGAAGCAGAAGCUUGCCAGAGAUGCAAUCAGCGGAGCAGAUCAAGAACUACAAGAAUAUCUAGGGGGCGGGGAGGAUGAAGAAUUAUUAGCUCUUCAGGGUGCACCCGAACCAAACGCCGCUGACUGGGAUCUAGAGCUGGUCUGGAAGCGAACGCGACUGCGGUGUAUGGUAUAUUCGUCUCUUGGUGACAUGGAGGAGGAAGACGAGGAUUUCUACACCGAGCAGGAGCAGCUGGAUGGUCCCACUGGAUCCCCUGAUCAGUUCUCUAACAACUCCGCUGUAGUUUCCCCCGCAGUGGCUAUAUUCCUGACAUCCAUUUUGGAAUUCAUGGGAGAGCAGGUCUUGAUGGUUGCAGGACAGGCUGCGUAUCACAGGUUGAGAAUAAAACAUGAACGCGAGGAAAGGGGAGAUAGUAGUCCAUCUGUGGAGAUUGCGGAGCGCGUGGUGGUAGAGGAAGCAGAUAUGGAACGGGUGGCUCUCGACAGGACACUAGGAAGAUUGUGGAGAAGCUGGAAGAAACGCAUACGCUCACCGUCAAUUUCCGUCUCGAUGUUGAAUCGCUCGUUCUCUAGAGAAUCGUUGCGUUCUCAACCUCAAGCCAGCCGAGCAGUUAGCCGAGCAGCCAGCGUCGCCCCUGAGAACCGCCUUAAAGAAGAAGUCCCACAGACGUUGUCGUCAGCGACAGUUCUGGCUGAACACGAGCACGCAGCUACUAUUCCACUCCCAUUGUCUGCGGACGAUAUUCGGGAAAUUGAGAUUCCCGGACUUGCUCUGCAAAGUGACGAGGAGGAUGACGUUGCCAACGAGUAUGAAGCUAUCCAGCUGCCACCCCGUCCAAAAAGUCUCAUCAUCUUCACCCAACCUACGCAAGGCCUCCUUACGCCGCCAUCCUCGCAGACACACUCACCAAUGUUCUUCCCCCCAACUUCUAGAAAGCGGUCCUACUCUCUACCUUCUCCGGCCCCGUCAUUGUAUGGAUUUCCAGCUUCGAAACGACCGAAGGCUUCUGAUGGUGAACUGGGCGAAGAUCAGGAGGAUGCGAAAGGAACGGACGUCGUGGAACAGAAUACAGAAGAGCAACCCACGGACUUGGAGGGUAAAGUGGAUGAGGAGCAGGCCCACAAUGCAUUGACUGAAGAAUCAUCCACGAAUAAGGGCUUAAUCGCGACUGCAGUGGGGGCUGUGGCUGUCGCUGGAAUUACAGCGGCUGCAAACGGCGGAGCUUCGGAGGUGGAACCGGAUCAAAACGAAGAAGCUGAUGCUGAAGAAGAGUUCAACGAGGAGCCCCAGAUUUUGACAUCCUCCCGCGUUUCCAUCGGGGGACGAAUUUCUCCAGAGGUUGCUUCAGCUCCUUCUCGGCGAUCCAGUGUUCGCUCUCACAGCGUUCAUUCCCUACGCCUAAUUGAUGUUUCUUCACCAAAAAGUCCUGCGCAGUUGAGGGGCAUCUCGGUCGAUACCACCGAUUAUUUCACCGCGGGACGCGCUGUCACCUUGUCGAGCCCUAGUAGUAUUAGUAGUAUACACUCCCAUCUUCCUUCCGAAUCGGCAACCCCCAGACUUGCGGGUUCUAUCUCAAAGGUUGGAACUGCGAGCCCCAUUACUCGCAAUGGAUCUGCGACGAGCAGUAGACAAGCCAGGCCCAGCGCUGAGGAGCCUAUCUCGGAAGCUGUAGAGCAAGAGGCCAGCGGAAGUGAGUCUGAAUCCGAGGCUGCUGUGCCAUCUCGGUUUGCGGCAGCAAUGCAAGGGGUUGAUGUAUGGUCAGAACCGGUCUCGCCUCAAUUCACCUCACAGCCUGUGAGCAGAGAGGUCACACCACAACCGGCGGCGUUCGUACUUUCUGCCGCUCCUGCUUCUCGAAAUUCCCGAGGGAAUGCCAAUGCAUCUGUCGUUGAAUCCCAUCCCCCUCAGCCAAGCGCAGCUCUGGGAGUUACCAAAACCAGAGGCGACCAUGGCGGUAUCCCUCCCCUCACGCCGUUACGCGAAAUGAUGGAAGGCGCACCGGACACUUCUGAUGAAGCAAGUCUGGCACCAAGCUAUGAUGGUCCCAGUUUCUCUGAACCUGGAGUGCACCGGCACUCACACUCAAUCUCUGGCUCCUCGCUCCCGCAAAGAUCCGCCCGGUCCCAAGCUGCCAGUACCAUUCGUGGUUCUCCUCCACGUACAUCUCGAGAGGAUUACUCUAGGAAGGAGACUAAAGCUCCACGGUCAAUCCAUACCUCUGGCUCUGGAUCUUCCUCCACUGCCUCUCACAAGCUGAAACCAGUACGCACAUCCGAAGAGAGUGUUCCUAGUGCGGUUGAAGAUAAGGGCCAGAGUUUUGAGCAGUUGAUUCGAAGUGACCAAACUAUCCAGUAUACUCUAACGCCGCAAAAUAUGCGUGAUAUUGAGGCACCUGACUCUCCCCGCGCCGUUGUCACACCAGUGCGGGUAAACGCACAAGAGGGCCCAAGACCAGCAACUGGUCGAUCCCAUUCAUCAUCAACUGGCAAGUACACAAAACCGGCCGUUGUCGAAAACCCACAGUCCGCCAGAGCAAUGAAGACGGCACCACGGCCAGCCCCAAAUACGGGCGCACGGCUGCGCCCGGCUAUCUCUCAACCAAGGGAUGCUAAAGCUGAUAGGGAAUCCAUGGGGGACUUUGCAGAGUUCAUCAAAUCGACCGGCCCAGCGAAUGGCCACAAAGCGCCACCUCGUUCGGGACCGGUUGAUAGUCUUCGUGGCACCGCCCGGAGUACUAGCGGAUCCGAACCGCGUUCUGGUGCUAUCAGCGCCACCUCGAGACGCACAGAAUCUUCGAACGGCCGUCCCAAGCUACAGGCUCGUGAUGCCGCUGUCUCUCGAGACGACAGUAUCUCAGACCUAAUAGAUUUUGUGAGAAGUGGUCCGCAGCUCGAGAAAGAUAAUCAUCGUAUCCCUCGAACAGUUGCACCAUUCCGCACUACCAUGGACUCAGACCAGAUGUCCGGGGCUGUUGGUGGCAAAGCGACAGAUGCAACGCUUCCAGAUGCCCGAUAUAGCCAAGCAUCUGUAUCCGUGGAUAGCUCAGUCACAUCGCAGAGCGCUUUAUUGAAUGGUUCUUCAAAUAUUAGUAAACCUCAGCCCUCGCAAACCAACAGGGACCUUGAUAUGGAGGAUCAUAUGCCAAAACGGAAGACCCGGAGGGUUCGAGAUAUGUACCAAAUCGACUUCAGUGAUGAGGAGGAAGAGUACGAAGCCGUUUCAAAAUCAAAACCAAAACCAGUUCAGGAAGAAUCGCUGGCGGACUUCUUGAGAAACGUGCCUCCUCCACCUGAUCCGACACCAGUUCCUCUGAUUCAAACAGCCUCCAGAGCAUCGAGCAAGGAUGUCAAGAAGAAGCCAAGCACAACCAGUAUCAUGUCGCGCUUUGGCCGUAGUAAUUCUAACCAACAAUCACCCUCGAAACCAAAAUCAAGCGGCCAGGAAUCACGCUCAUCACUUUCACGGUCAGGCGCAUCCCAGGUUUCUAACCAUACUCCAAUCUCUGUCCAAAUCAACAACAAUUACAAGCCACCCACCAACGAAUCGGCGCGUGGCGGUAACUACGUCUCACAAGUCGAUUCUGCACGGAACAAGGUCGUACAGAAGAGCUACCAGCCAAGGGAAGCCGUGUAUCCGACUACAAGGACCAACGACCUUGCGGCUUUCUUACGAGAUAGCGAGCCUCCUACACCAACUCAAGCUCAACCCAAGACAUUUGCGCCUACCGUGCAGAAGGAGGAAUCAAGCACCUUUCACCGAAUGUUUGGACGAAAGAAGGUCCAUUAG